CCUUUUCCAGCAUUAUUUACACAUUUUGCCUUAUAAACAUCAAAUUAAUCAAAGAAAAAGCAUUCCUCCUUGUAGAAUUGUUCAAGUUCAGAAAAAAUUCCAUGGUGAGGGGUGAUGGACUGCUCUCUUCAAGUCCAUCCACAGAUUUAACUCAAGGACAUUCACCUUCCUAUCCUUAAGCCAUUGUGUUAUUGUUUUAGCUGUAUGUUUAGGAUCAAUGUGUUGGAAGGUGAAUGACCUGCCCAUCUUCAGCUGUCUAGCAGACGGAUGCUGGUUUCCUCAAGAAUUUGUACAUAUAUUGUAUAAAUUCAUAUUAUGGUAAGAAACACGCAGUUAAGUAAAGAGAAAAGACAGUCGAUCAUUACUUUGGGAAAUUAAGGUUUUUGAAUGUAUCCCCAAGUGCAGUCACCAAAACCAUCAAAUGACAUCGGCUCUCAUGAGGACCAUCCCAGAAAAGGAAGACCAAGAGCUACCUCUGCUGCAGAGGAUGUGUUUAUUAGAAUUACUAGCCUCAGAAACUGCCUAUUGACGGCACCCCAGAUUACAAUCCACAUAAAUGCUUCUUGGAGUUCAAGUGGCAGUCAUAUUUCAACAUUCACAGUUCAGAGUAGACGGAGACAGGCCUUCAUGGUAGAACUGCAGCAAAUAAACCAUUACUUUGAAAAAAAAAAAACAAACAAGCAGUAAAGACUUUUGUUUCAAGAAACACAAGAAAGGGACAUUAGAUUAAACUCUGAUAAAUCGGCAGCUUUUCCCAUUCUGACUGAAUUGUCCUUUGGUCUGAUGAGUGCAAAUUUGAGAUUUUUGGUUCUAACCACUGUGUCUUUGUUAGACGUAGAGAGGGUGGUGUGAUGAUCCAUCAAAGAGGAGGUGUGAUGGUGCUUUGCUGAUGACACUGUUGGUCACUUAGUCAAAAUUGAGGGCACACUUAACCAACAUGGCUACCACAGGGAAGUCGUGGCCUAAUAGUUAGAGAGUCGAACUCGAGUCUCGGGCUGGCAGGGAUUGUAGGUGGGGGGAGUGAAUGUACAAAGCUCUCUCCCACCCUCAAUACCAUGACUGAGUUGCUCUUGAGCAAUGAACUGAACCCCUGACUGCUCCCCGGGCGCCGCAGCAUAAAUGGCUGCCCACUGGGUGUGUGUUCACUGCUAUGUGUGUGCACUUUGGAUGGGAUAAAUGCAGAGCACUAAUUCCGAGUAUGGGUCACCAUUCUUGGCCACAUGCAUUGUCACUUUCACUUUCACAGCAUUUUGCAGCGACAUGUCAUCCCAUCUGGUUUGCACUUAAUGGGGCCAUCAUUUGAUUUCCAACAGGACAAUGACCCCAAACACACCACUAGGUUAUGUAAGAGCUAUUUGUCCAAGAAGGAGAGUGAUCGAGAGCUUCAUCAGAUGACCUGACCUCCACAAUCAUCCAGUCUAAAUCCAACUGAGAUGUUUUGGGAUGAGUUGGACCGAAGAGUGAAGGAAAAGCAGCCAACAAGUACUCAACACCUCUGGGAACUCCUUCAGAUGCUAAGCAUGCUGGGACAUGUCUGAGGCAUGAUGGAUCCUGAGGAAGCCGAGCUUCUGAAUGACUACCGUUAUCGUAGUUACGCAGCUGUCAUUGAGAAGGCGCUGCGAAACUUUGAAUCAUCGAGUGAAUGGGCCGAUCUCAUCUCCUCACUAGGAAAACUCAACAAGGCUCUCCAGAGUAAUCUAAAGUACUCGCUGUUACCGCGGCGGCUUAUCAUCGGGAAGCGUCUGGCUCAGUGUUUGCAUCCUGCCCUGCCCAGCGGUGUCCAUCUCAAAGCACUAGAGACCUAUGAGGUCAUUUUUAAAAUCAUAGGCACAAAAUGGCUAGCCAAGGAUCUCUUCAUAUACAGUUCAGGGCUGUUUCCAUUGUUGGGUCAUGCAGCGAUGUCGGUGAAGCCGGUUCUGUUGGCGCUGUACGAGCGGUACUUCCUGCCUCUCCAGAGGACGCUUUUACCCAGCCUGCAGGCCUUUAUCAUGGGCCUGCUGCCAGGACUGGAGGAGGGCGCGGAGGUCUAUGAGAGGACGGAUGCGUUGCUUGUGAAGUUGUCAGGUUUGGUGGGUCAGUCUGUGUUUUAUGGGGCGCUGUGGGGUUCAGUGCUUAUAUGUCCUCUGGUACGGCUCCCAGCCUCCCUCUUCAUUGUGGCACACUUUGACCACUCAAUUAUUGCUCGAGAACAGAAGUAUAUGCUUGGGACAGACCACAGACUAGUGGUGAAAGCUGUUUGUCUUGCCUUAGAAGACUCUAAUGUUCUGGUCCAGAGAAACAUGUUGGAAAUCCUUCUCUACUUCUUCCCUUUCACAUCCUGCCAGGAUCCUGAGGAAUGUGCCUUUCCACUAAAGCAAGAUGAGCUGAUCAGUGUGGUGUCUGCUGCCUCACUCACUCUGCUCAGGAGAGACAUGUCUCUGAAUCGACGCCUCUAUGCAUGGAUGCUUGGCUUAGAUAUCAAAGGAGGAAUGGUGGCUGCAGACUCCAGUCGCUUUAACACUGUGGAGGAAUACACUGCAUUCUACUUCAGUACACACUCCAGAGAAUUACUGGUGCAGGCUGUGGUGAAUAUUCUGAAGCAGAAAGAUAUAGAGGCCAACCCAGACAAUCUAAUAGAGUAUCUCAGACCGUUUCGCAUCAUCAUUAGUCUGCUGGACAAAUCUGAAAUCGGGCCAUUGGUGUUGUCUGAUGUGUUGCUGGAGGUGGUCAGAGCUUUUUACAGCUACUGUAAAGUGAUGCUGGGAGAGGACAGUCUCAACUCCAGCCUCAGUGGCACCCAGCUUAACAGUAAAAUCAAGGAGAAUAAAAAUUCCUCAGAGAUCAUAAAGACCGUCAAUAUGCUGGUGAGUGCAAUGAGCAGCAAUUAUCUCUGGGACUAUAUGACAAGGCAUUUCCAAAUUUGUCUGAGCUCACCGAAUGAUCCAGCCGGGAAGCAUCCAUCUAAAGCCUGGAGUAGCCCUCCCUCAGUGACUGAACUCUCAACACUCAUUAUCUUCCUGUUGAAUGUUAUUCCUUUGGAACUCUAUGCAGAGAUUCAAACGCAAUUGCUGCCACAGAUGCUGGGCAGCAUGCUGCAGUCGCUGCGUAGUCACAUGACAUCCCUUAGCCUUCAGGAGCUCACGCAGGCCAUGAGAGCAUGUUUUAAAGUGCUCAGUAAGAUCCAGAUGCCAGUGGUUUAUAUGGACAUAGAGGCUGAAUCACAGAUGCAAGAUCUGGAGCAAACACAGAUUGUGAUGACAGACAACAAUAAAGUGAAGGAAAGUGACCAGGUGAAUGGUAACCAUGAUGACAGCUCCAGUGAGGUCGAUCUGAAUGGACAGGAGAGACAGGAGGCGGAGCCAGGUGUAGUCCCAUAUCCUGCUUUGCGCUCUGAAGACAGUGGAUUAGGCCUGAGUGCAUCUCCAUCGGAACAGCACCUCCUGCCAGGCUGUAAUGGAUCAGAUGCUGCUUCUGGUGUGAACCCUGAAGCAGAGGACGUGUGGAGAAGAGGAGGAACUAUAGAAAACAUGUCCAAAUGUGUGCAGGACAUACUGGCAUCUGUGAUCACAAGGCAUUUGUUAGAUGUCGUGGAUCCAGAGAAGAAGAAGAAACAGGAAGAAGCAAAUCAGCUAGAUCCUAAUGCUUCUCCUAGAGGCAGUAAACAGUCUCCAUUGAAACAGAAAGGCAGUCGAGACUUGGGUCUUAUCAAAGACAGACUUGCUGAGUUCUUUAACCCUAGUAAACUGAGGAUUCAUGCUCUUCAUGGGUCUUCUAGAGAUGGGGAUGAAAACCACAGACCAGUAGUGUUGGAGUGGAUGGGAAAUUUCCAAUCAAAGAGCAAAGGGGAGAUAUCGGAGUCGUGCCGCCAGGCCUUCACCGUGGUCUGCCAGCUUCUACUGGAAUGCACAACAUUUCCCGUCUAUUUUACUGAGGAAGAGAACCAAGACCUGCAGACAUCUAUGUUCAACAAGACAGGGAUUGAGGGAACCCUUCCUGAUUGGCUGAGGUCCUUGAUGACUCUGUGUUGCCUGACAAAAGACUACCAGGUGCAACAUGUUGCCAUCUCCUCUUUGCUGGAGCUGAUCAAUCACUCUCAGUCUUUAGCCCUCGUCAUUCAGGAUAAAAAUCAACGUUAUAAGAACUCUGAUGCGAACCCACUCAGUGGACAGCUGCAAAUGGUCACCCUGCCUCCCAUCUACCCAGUCGUUCUCAAAACUCUGGAGGAUUCCACAGACUUUUACUUGCGUGUCUCUCAAGUUUUAUGGGCUCAGCUUGACACAGAGCGUAGAGAGCAUCACGUAUCCUGUGUGGAGCUAUUCUAUCGGCUUCACUGCUUGGCUCCAUCUGCAUCUAUCUGUGAGGACAUCAUCUGCUUGGGUUUACUCAGUGUAGACAAGGUUGUGUGUCUAGAGGCGCUCCACAGGUUCUCAGUUUUGUGGCACCUGACACGAGAGAUCCAGACCAAUCGCAGCACAUCUCUCAACCGCUCCUUUGACAGGUCUUUGUUUGUGGUACUAGAUAGUUUAAACAAUCAGGAUGGGAGUGUUAGUGCCGCAGCACAGAACUGGUUGGUGCGGGCUCUCUCCCUCAGUGAUGUGAUCCGUAUCUUGGAACCGGUGCUGCUCUUACUGUUGGACCCAAGAACACAGAGAUCACCAAUACAAAGCAUCAGACAGAAUCUCUCUGUUGGUCAUUUAAAGGCACUGACCUGGAGAGACAGAUCCAUCACAAAAAGUGCUGGAGACAACAUGACUCCCGGUUGCCAAACAGAAGAAAGCUUUGUCAGGCACAUCACCAUAGUAGACCGUGAAGCAUUGUGGGCAGAGUUGGAACGAGAUCCAGAACUAACACCUCCAGACUCCCCAACAAUGUCUCAGAGUGAGAGCGAAGAGACUGAGGGAGAGGAUGAAGAAGUAGAGGAAGAAGAGGAAAGUGAACACACCAAAUCUGCAGAUACCAGUGGCACUCAGAACUCCACUGAAAACUCCGGCUCAAGCUCCGCCCCUUACUUAGAGCGCCAUGAUGAUGGUAGUGUAGAGGAGAAGGGUGUGGCCAACGGUCUGCAGAGGGUGGAUUCAGAACACACUCAGGUUUCGGAUUCGCUCUCUAGUGAUGAAGACGAUGGGCAGUUGGAGGCCAUGGCCAAGUCCCGGUUGCUCAAGCGACAACGGGAGAAACGUGAGGCAGUGAGCUCACUGUUCCGCCAUGUUCUGCUCUAUAAGCAGCAGUACGAGAGCAGCCGCAUUCUCUAUGCCUUCACUAUUUUAGAGACCAUCCUCCGGACAAGUGCAGGGCCAUUUGUGGAGGCUCUCUCCAGUACUUCUCUGGACUGCAGCUCCAUUGCCCAUCUCAACCUCAUCCAGAACCUUCUGCAGAGGCACCGUCAGGCUCAGGACGGUGGCAGCUUCUAUGGGCGAUUGCAGACCUCAACUCCACCAAGGGGAGCCACUCCUGACCCAUCCCAACCUCCUCUCCAUUCACCAUCUUCUCCUUCUUCUCCACCAACUCUUCUGCUAGAGCUACUCACCUGCCUUUGCAUGCAUUAUCUCCGCUCUCACUAUCCCUCCUAUGCUAGCAUUCCCACUCGCCAACUCCAGGCCAAUCGGGAGGUCCAGGUGAAAAGCGUGGAGGUGCUGACAGAGUUAAUGAUCCAGUUGGUGUGGGUAGCCCAGCAAGCUCAAAAGGGAACUGCUAGCCUGGAGGCGGUACGCAACCUUCUUUGGGGCUAUAAGGUGCAACAGUAUGUCCUUCUGACGCUUUCCGCCUCCAUGUAUGUCUGCCAAAGAGCUGAUCGGCCAGACCAGCAUACAAUGCCCGAAGAAGACCAGGGAGGAGACUUGGGUGAGAUCUCGGAAGAGAGCCUGAUCAAUUUUGGCCUGGAUGGGAUCUGGGUUGAACACCCACUUCAGAUUGCCCUACUGAAGCUUCUGAAGGUCCUUAUUGUAUUGGAGCACCACGUGUGUCCACCACACACCAAAGCACAAGAUCACAAUCAAAGCAAUUCUAACCCACAGCGACUUGCAGAACCACCAUGUUCAGCCUUGGCUCGAGAGUGGCAAACAUCUGUGAUGUUCCAGCAGUCCAUCAAAGCAGUGCGUUAUGUAGCCAGCCAGCCUAUCACCGCUCAGGGCAUGUUUGUGUCAGCAGCAGCCCAAGCUUUGCACCCGCAGUAUGGCUGUGCCAUGCACCCAGCCUGGGUGACUCUUCUAUGUGAAGUGUUGCCAUAUUUAGGACAUUCACUGGCCAUUAUUGUAUCACCCAUAAUUGCCCAGAUCUGCAGGAACCUGGACGAGCUUGUUAAACAGCAUGAGCAUGAUGGAAUCAAAGCUUCACACAAUGGUACCUUAAAUAGGGAGAACAUAGCACCUGACUAUCCUCUGACACUACUGGAAGGACUGACCACUAUCACACACUACUGUCUUCUAGACCACAAGAAAACAACUGCAGGCUGUGAUGUUCCAGACUUACGGAAUGCUAGCAAUGCCAUUCUGGAGGAGUUUCCACACAUGAUUAGCAGCAUGGCCUUAGUUUGGGGUGUGGUCAAGGGCUGUGACUCCACCCAUGGCAGCAGAGCCUCACCCACCUCUGUCUAUUUUAAAGGCACAAAGAUCUUGAGGCAAAAGGUUCUGGAGUUCUUAAUGCCACUUGCUCAGCGGUUUGGGGUGCAGGUCAUGGCCUCUGUGGCCGCUGUAUGGAGUAGCAGGAAGAGUCGUUCCAGAAACAAGUUUUUACCAGAUGCUACUGAUUCUCAAAUUACCUUGGUGGACCUAGUGAAGGCACUAAACACACUCCGUACAGACACCAUACUGCAGCUAAUCAGAGAGGUGGUGAAGAAACCCCAUCAGAUCAAAGGAGACCAGAAGACUACAUUAGUUGACAUUCCAGUGCUACAGUUCAGCUAUUUUUACAUUCAAAGUCUCACCGCUCAAGCUCUUCAGGAGAACAUCAAUCCUCUCCUCUGUCUGCUCAGAGAAUCUGUCCAGCUUAACCUCACCCCUACUGGACACUUCUUGCUCCUCGGCAUCCUUAAUGACUGUGUAAAUAGACUUCCCAGUAUUGACAACAAGAGGGAUACUAAAGAACUGCAGGAAGUGAGCCAGCGCAUACUAGAAGCGGUGGGAGCUGUGGCCGGCUCGUCUCUUGAGCAGACUAGCUGGCUGAGUCGUAACCUGGAAGUAAAAGCACAGCCUCAAGUCUGUCUUCAGGGAGAUGAAGAUGAGCAUGAUGGCAGUGAGUUAGAGGAGUGUGCAGGUCAGGGCAGCGCUAUGGUGUCAUCUUCAGCACCAUCUGUAUUCAGCGUACAAGCUCUUGCUCUGCUGGCUGAGGUCCUGGCUCCUCUUCUGGACAUGGUCUAUCGUAGUGAUGAGAAGGAGAAAGCCGUGCCUCUCAUUUCCCGUCUUAUGUAUUAUGUUUUUCCCUAUCUAAAAAAUCAUAGUGCCUAUAACAUGCCUAGUUUCUGUGCGGGUGCUCAGUUGUUGAGCAGUCUGAGUGGAUAUGCCUACACUAAGCGAGCGUGGAAGAAAGAGGUGCUGGAGCUCUUCAUGGACCCAAUGUUUUUCACAAUGGAGUCCUCGUGUUCCUGCCAUUGGAGAUCCAUCAUAGACCAUCUUCUGACUCAUGAGAAGACCAUGUUCAAAGACUUGAUGAGCAUGCAGAGCAGUUCUUUGAAGCUCUUCAACUGCGCUGAGCAGAAGCCUAUGUUACUAAAAAGACAGGCUUUUGCCAUGUUUAGCGGAGAGAAUGACCAGUACCACUUCUAUUUGCCUCUCAUACAAGAGCGUCUAACAGAGAACCUGCGUGUGGGACAAACCCCAUCAGCGUCAGCUCAGAUGUUCCUCGUGUUCCGUGUUCUCCUGUUAAGGAUCUCACCGCAACAUCUCACCUCUCUCUGGCCAGUCAUGGUCACUGAACUGAUACGCAUUUUUAACCGCCUUGAGAAGACCUUGCUGGAUGAUAAAGAUGUUUCAAAGAGUAAAUUGCAGGGUGGCCAUGACAAGAAUGGGCUGCUCUUCCCUCAGGCAGAGCUGGACAUGUACCUGUCAGCCUGCAAGUUCCUGGACACCGCUGUGUCCUUCCCACCUGAGCACAUGCCUCUGUUUCAAAUGUAUCGCUGGGCUUUCAUUCCUGAAGUAGAUGUUGACCGUUAUGAUGGACCAGGAAACACUCUGCUAGAAGGCGAACAAGAGUGUAAACCUCAUAUUGUUAGAAUACUGGAUGGAAUAAACCGAUGCUAUGGGCAGCUGAAUGGAACAGUGGGAGAGUCAAACACGGAUCGAGUGGAGUUUCCUCUGCUCACACUACGUUCCCUCUGUUCUAUUGUGGAUCUCGUGCCGUUCUUCAGCACCCUCUGCUGUUCUUUUAAUGGCUCCUCUGUGCACCUCCCGCAUUAUGUCGCUGACUACCCGCCGUCAAGCAGUGAUCAGGUCAUGAAACGCCUAGAGCACAUCACUGAAGGAGAGUUCCUCGAUGGAAUGGACAAUUAGAUGAUAGAUGACAUUCCAAAUGUGAAAUUCCUAAAAUGUUUUACCCAAAUUCUGUUUGCUUUUGUAUUUAAUGUAAUCUACAUGCUGUGAAUGUAUAUCAUCUUUAUAUUUUAAUUUGGCUUAAGGUGGGUGUUCUGUUCAUUCUGUGCAUAUUCCAUUAUUGUUUGUUAUUGAAUAAGCCAAAUUAAUGUUUAUUUGGCCAUGUUUCAUCGGCCAUAUUGGUCAAAACAAACAGAAAAUGCAUUUAUUGUUCGAACCAUGGGAUUUUUAACUUGUAUGUAGGGUUGUCAGUCAUUUCUUGACUUGAAAUCCCUUUGCAGUAUUUCCUUUCUAUAUACUUUCUGAUCUGCUUUUUCCUGUAGGCUAUAGCUUAUGUCUUUUGGGAAAUAUUGACAAUGUCAGUUGUUUAUUGUUUAGUGUCUGUUUAUAAGACUUUCUGUUGCAUUCUGUAUGUCUUUUAUUCUGCCAUAUUUCUCCAGUCACUUUAAAUUAAGGAUAUGUUUUUAUUCUUAUGUGGAUAUUAAAUGACUUCUUUUCUGUGAAGAGUCUGUUAAUAUUUACAGCAAAGGAAUUGUAAUGCACUUUUUUUUCUGUACCCAAGGGAAUGUUUUUGAUUCAUGUUUGUGUUUUUCAUCCUUUGUAGGACCUCAGAGAUAUUUUUAUGCUGUUGCUUUCAUUUUAGAGUGCAUUUGACUUGCCAGUUAUAGUCUAAAAUCUUUCUGCUAGUUUAUGACCUUGGCCUUUGAUUAAAGUGCCUAAAAAUAAAUUAUCUAGUUAUGAG